GCGAGAGAGCGAGCGAUACGCGGCACCAGCGGCAGGGAAACACACCCGUCAGCCGCGCGCAGAAAAAAAGCAGAACAGACAAAGGAAAAAUGGAUGUAUGGACGAAGUGCCAGUUAAAAAAGAAAACGGAAUGGAUGUUUUGGUCAUCGUGCACAUAGCGGGGUAACGUACAAAACUGUAUUUUAAUGUGGUGGCGGGAGGCAAGAUACUGCAAGCUAAAAAGGCGGAAAGCUGUUUUAAUCCGUCUGCGGAUUCUGUGAGCUUGCGAUGGCUCGGGCAGGGAGAUGUAUCAGCAUAAAGAAGAAUGUGCCUAUUUCUUUUCUGGUCUUUUUAUUAUUCGGUGGCCUUGCAUCUGCACAAAUUCGGUAUUCUGUUACCGAGGAACUGGAAAACGGAGCUGUCGUUGGAGACAUCGUGCAGGAUUUGGGGCUGGAUAUCCGAAAGCUUUCCGCCCGAAAGAUAAGGGUAACCUCUAACAGCGCUAAGCGAUAUUUCGAUGUCAACCCCCAAAACGGAAAAUUGAUUGUGAAUGAAAGGGUAGACAGAGAGACGCUGUGCGAUUUAAGUGCCACCUGCUUUCUGAAUCUGGAGGUUGUGGUUGAUAACCCGCUGGAGGUCUUCAGCGUGGAGGUGGAGGUACUGGAUGCGAAUGACAAUGCGCCGCAGUUCCCCAGAGAGGAAUAUCAAUUGGAAAUUUCAGAAUCGGCUUUACCGGGGUCUCGCUUUCCCGUAGAAAGCGCGCAGGAUCAGGACCUGGGAUCAAAUUCGGUCCGGCUGUACCGACUCAGUCCAAACGAACACUUUGCCCUGGACUCCAAUAAACCAUCGCUGAACAGCAAGCUGAUCGAACUCGUGCUUAAAAAAUCUCUGGACCGCGAGCAAACGCCUUCCCAUCAGCUAAUUCUGACAGCCAUUGACGGUGGCACUCCUGCGCGCACGGGCACUGCUAAAAUAAACGUUCGUGUCUUGGAUUCCAAUGACAACGUCCCCGUUUUUGACAGCUCGGUGUACAAAGUAAAAUUGUUAGAAAAUUCGCCAAAGGACACUCUGGUGAUAAAGCUAAAUGCAACAGAUCUGGACGAGGGCACCAAUGGAGAGGUGAUCUACUCCUUCAGCAGCUACACUCCGGAGAGGGUGAGGCAGGUGUUCAGUCUGGACCCAAACUCAGGAGAGAUCAGGGUCAGGGGUCCAGUGGACUAUGAGGAGACCAGCUCCUAUGAGAUGUACGUCCAGGCCAUGGACAAAGGUGCUUCUGCAGUGGCCGUGCACUGCAAAGUGGUGGUGGAGGUGGUGGACGUGAACGACAACGUCCCCGAGAUAGUGCUGUCCUCGCUGUCCAGCCCGGUGCGUGAGGACGCCCGAGCCGACACGGUGGUGGCCCUGAUCAGCGUGACGGACCGAGAUUCCGGCCCCAACAAGCAGGUGAGCCUGGAGAUCCCGCCCGGUCUGCCCUUUAAGGUGAAACCUUUCAGGAACUACUACACCUUAGUGACAUCCGCCUUCCUGGAUCGGGAGACAACGCCGGCCUACAACAUCACGCUCAGCGCCACUGACUCAGGCACCCCGCCCCUCUCCUCCAAAAAGACCAUCCAGGUGGACGUGGCGGAUGUCAACGACAACCCCCCGCGGUUCGAGCAGACGUCCUACACCGUCUACGUGACGGAGAACAACGCUCCCGGCGCGUCGCUCUGCACCGUCAGAGCCCAGGACGCGGACAUCAACGAGAACGCCCGCAUAACCUACACCGUGCUCAACGACAACAACCAUGGCAUCCCCGUCACCUCCUACGUGUCUGUCAGAGGCGACACGGGUGAGGCCUACGCCCUGCGCUCCUUCGACUAUGAGACGCUGCGCGAGUUUCACUUCCAGGUCAAAGCUCAGGACGGCGGCAUCCCGCCCCUCAGCCGCGUGGCCACGGUCUACCUCUACGUGAUGGACCAGAACGACCACGCCCCCGAGAUCAUGCACCCGCCCGCCAAUGGCACCCGCUCCACCGAGACGGUGCUGAAGAACGCCGAGGCGGGGCACCUGGUGACGAAGGUGUUGGCGUACGACGCGGAUGCGGGCCAGAACGCUUGGCUGCUCUACAUCCUGGAGCAGGCCACCGACCCGGACCUGUUCAAGGUCCACGAGCACACAGGCGAGAUCCGCACCACCCGCAAGAUCGUGGAGGACAACUCCACCUUCUUCAGCCUGACGGUGCUGGUGCGGGACAACGGGCUGCCCGCGCUCUCCUCCACCGCCACCAUCAACGUGGCCGUGAUGGAGGUGCCGCCCAAGCUGACCCCCGACCCCAAGAAGAUCAUCAAGCCUCACAGCACGCUGAUCUUCUCCAACGUCACGCUCUACCUGAUCGUGGCGCUCAGCGCGACCACGUUCGUGUUCCUGCUGACCGUGGUGGUGCUGGCCAUCGUGCGCUGCCACGCCUACUGCACCCAGCCCGGGUCCUGCUGCCCCUGCUGCGUGUCCCAGAAGGCCCCCCCGCAGGGCAGCGGCGGGGGCAGCGGAGGGGGUGGGGCCAGCGGGCAGCAGCCCAAUAACAAUGUGGUGCUUCGACGUGACCUGAAGGUGGAGCCCCACUACAUUGAGGUGCGGGGCAACGGCUCCCUGACCAAGACGUACUGCUAUAAGACCUGUCUGACCGCCACGUCGGGCAGCGACACCUUCAUGUUCUACAACACGGGCUGCCCCCCAGGCGGCACCAUGGGCUCGGAGCGCUUCUUCACAGGGCAGAGCGGCCAGAUGUUCGUCCGCAGGCUCAGCAUGCCGGACGCGGCGCUGCAGCCCAAGGCCCCUAAUGCAGAUUGGCGGUACUCGGCGUCUCUGCGUGCAGGAAUGCAGAGCUCGGUGCAUAUGGAGGAGUCGUCAGUGAUGCAGGGCGCUCAGGGGGUCCUGGUGCAGAACUGGCCCACGGUGUCCAGCGCGGCCGCAGACGCGGAGGGCGGGGAGGUGUCCCCCCCGGUGGGCGCCGGCAUUAACAGCAACAGCUGGCACUUCCGCUACGGCCCCCCGCAGCACCUGAAACCGGGCGAGGUGCCAGAGGCCUUCAUCAUCCCGGGGUCUCCCGCCAUCAUCUCCAUCCGCCAGGACCAGGGCGGAGACGACAAGAGCGACUUCAUCACCUUCGGGAAGAAGGAGGAGGCCAAGAAGAAGAAGAAGAAGAAGAAGGGGAAGGACAAGAAGGAGAAAGGGAAGGAGGACGGAGAGGAGUAGGGAGGGAAGAGCCUUUAACACAGAGCUACCAACGACAGUAUAAAGCCCAAACCAACCCCAGGAGAGCCUCUCUGCUGUCCUGUGCCACCAGCGCGUCAGUUGAACAAAAUCAAUGAAAAUCACGUUAUUCCACGAAAUGAGGUCCUCCUUGCAUGCCUCCACUGUCCUGAGCCACCCAGUUUAAAGUGUUAUUUUCCUCUCACCUCUUCCGUAAGGAGAGGCUGUUGAUAGCACUUUAAUGCUGGCAUCAGAGAAUGGAGUUGGUCACUGAAAUUGACCCACUGCUAGUUUCCCUCAUUUGUCAAGAGGAGUUCUGGCUCCAAAAGCAAAACAGAAACCCAAGGCCAUGAGUGUGCCACAGAGAGACACACUCAUGCAGCCUGGCUCCCAGCCAGGAUCACAUGCAAGACUCUAAUUGGCCCAGUGUCUAUGUCCUGGCCAUGCCCAGUCCAAAACAAGCCGUCAGGCUGGAUGCUGGAUGUGAUUUUGAUGUCACUGGUGCCACUCCCCUAACCGUGCCCCCGUUCGUAGCACUCAGGAAGAGGGAGGCUCUCCCACAGAUGUGAGCAGUGUUGGCAUCUCUGUCUUACUCCCUCCCUCUCUUCUGCUCUCUCACUCGCAAUCAUCACCACCCAGCUCAGACAACCUGGGGAACUGGCUUUUGCAAAUUCACAUUUUGUUUCAGAAAAAGCAAAGAAAAAAAAAAGAAAUGUAACUCUGCCAGAUAUGGCAGUUGAGAUGAGCCAGCAUUUUUAGGCAGCCACUUCUGUCCUCUGUCCUCUGCCUGACAGCUUUGAGGGGCUGGGAGGGUCGAUGUAUGGACAACAGUGUCCUCACACACGCACACAUACACAGCUGAACACGGUCACAUACAAUCACACACUCUUUC